AAGCAGUGGAUGCGGAUACAAGCAUUGCUUUCGAACUGUCAUGGAGAGUACGAUACAUUCGCGUGUAUUAUGUCACUGUGAAGGAAUAACGGGAUUAUAGCCGAGUGCCUUCAUUGGAAUUUGCGAGCAGAGGAGUAAAACAGGGCGGCGAAUAAAGAUAUCGUAAGACGCGUUUGUAAUUGCAGUCCGUUUAUGCGAUCCUUCAGGCAUUAGGACUGACGCUCUUUGGUGGACAGAAUGAAAGAUGCUGCUAGAUUCAAUUCUCGUAAUGCGGACGUAGCUUUGAUGUUUUAGCGAGGGAGGAUUUUUCGUGUCGUUGAUGGACAGGCAUAUGAACGAGUAGAAUACCACUGAAGUUCCCUCGGCCAUUAGCCCUGGAAAUUGCAGCCGCCGAAACGAACCAUACUCUGGAGUAAAUCCUGGUGCCGGCAGUGCUGUUUGGCAAGCGGCUCUCCAAACAGGACAAAAAAAGCCAGGACUACUCAGCCACUAGAGGAAUACUGUAUUCAUUUUGUUCCACGUCCAGUUACAAUGCUGGUACCUAUCAGUGUCUGAAGGGACAACCCGGGCGUGGGAUUUACCUGGCCAGGGGUGACACGUACUCGAAGCUUCCGCCAACAGUGCACGAAUUGUCAAAAAGAUUUCGUAGUGAUCGCUUUAAAUUCUGUUGAACCACGCAAAAGGAGUUCCUUGGCAAAAACGUUUCUUCGUAACUUAAUCACCUGCAUUAUUUCUACAAACUACUUCAAAGGGCUUUCUCCUUGUUUCAUGUACAUGUAUAUACGUGUUGUUGUAUGAACCCAUUUCCCAUGUUUUCAACGGAUUCGAACCGUGAUAACCAUCUCGAAAUCAACAUGAAGUCCUUCAGUGCCAUACAGCAGCCGCGACCAUACAGGACGUACGUGAUCUUGCUGCUCGCUGUGAUCUUGGGGAACUUUCUCGCCGUUGUGGUUUACCGGUACGAUUUCCAACAUCCCUUGCUCUCGCUCGCUAUGACCCCAAGCAUUCAGCGGACACCGAAGUUCCGGGCAGUGAGGCGGACUAAUUUGAGUUUCGCGGACCUGAUUACUACGACACUCCCGCGGACUAGUGUUCGGCCCUCUGUCACGGGAAAAGUGGAGAGCGCGACAGAGAAGUUAAGGACCAGUCCGUCGAGUAUAGGAGAGUUGUUGACAAGGUCAAUAGCAACGAAAGCGAAACAAAACAGUAAAUAUGCUAUCGUUUCCACUUCUAUAACAAAGAUAUUGGAUUUAAAAACAACGCAACAUUCCAUUUUGCGAAAUGAGACGAGUCUGUCGCCGUUGGAGUUGGCUGCUGUAAAACUGUGGUACGGGAGCCAGUCGUUUAAGGUUCCCGCGAUUCCGAGCUACCCCGGUCUGAUCAGUGCCCCAGGCUCAUUUAAGGUCAGCAUCACCCCAGAGGAGAAGAGGAGGAUGAUGGAGCUACUGCGAACAUUCCAUAAGUUGAUGAGGAAACAUAACAUCACAUACAUGCUGUAUGGAGGAACCUUGAUCGGUGCUUACAGGCACCACGGUAUGGUCCCGUGGGAUGACGACAUUGACGUGUGGGUCAACUUCAAGCAGCGUGACCUUCUACUGGAAGCACUGAAGACGGCCGGCAAGGAAUACAACUACUGGUCCACAUCCGGGUCUUUUCAAUGGAAGUUUUACCUCGCUAGUUCCACGCCCAUCCGUCACAAGGAGUGGCGCUGGCCGUUCAUAGAUAUAUUUUUCUACGUGACAAACGCCACACACAUCUGGGACCAUAACCCUGGGUGUUGUAGAAGUAUGCUAUCCUUAAAAAAAGAUGUCUUCCCAUUGCGUCAGAUACCAUAUGAAGGCUGGACUUUCCCCGGGCCUUGUAACGCUGAACAUAUCGUAACAAACGCCAUAGGAGAUUUAAAAGUGUGCCAGUCGACUUGGUACGACCACAAAAGAGAGCUAUCCCGGACUAAAUACCCCCUGCAGAGCAUCAACUGCUCGAAACUGUUUCCAUAUUUUCCGUUUGUUUUCAGAAGUCCGAGAGGUAACUUGGUAAAAGAGUCAUUAAUGAUUGGUUAUAAACCCGUUAAUACCAUACUGCGGCCAAAGUACUGUAACAGCGAGUCUUGAUGAUGUAUUAUGAAUGCAUGGUGAUACAUCGGCUUACCUACAAGACGGAUACGUCCGUGAAUUUACUUAUCUUGCAAAAAAAACAUAUUAGACAUAUCGACUUUUUUGCAGCAGUACUACUAGUAGUUCAUACGAUUAUGCUUUGAAUUCUAAUCGUCGUAGAAAACUCACCAUAGUGUCAUUCUUAAUAAAUUGGGUGUUGGAAGGUUUUUUCUGGAAAACUAUGUUUGCGUGUAUACGUAUGUACAUUGCAUUUUCAUUCCGCGGAUUAUUUCUCAGAAAGAUUUUUCCCAGCACAAAUCAAUGUUUCAAAAAGUGUUUGAAUUUCUCACGUUUCUCAAAAGAAAUAAAAGAAUCGUCAAAUUUCUCCCAAUUUUUUCAAAUUUCAAAUUUCAAAUUUCAACAUUUUGUCAUAGCAUGCGUUCGUACUAUUUGACAAUUUAAAUAUUGGAUGUUUUUAGAUCUUUCAAAUGUUACCGUUACAGGCAUUUCCUAUAUAGCAUUCCGCGACGUUACUAUUUAUAGCUCACAAGGUCAUUUGAAUAAGAUAUUGAUGACGUUUUAGUCACGUGACUGUCGGACAUCGCCACUUAUUUCUACGCAUUUGAGCUUAUUUCAAAGUCAAUUAUCUUUGACCCUGCAUAGUUUUUAGCAUGAAUGAUACCAUAGAGUCAGAGAGAGAAAUAUUCAGAACAAUUAUGUAGUAUUUCCAACACUCGGACAUGUGCCAGACUGAAUCUAACUGCCCUAGUUAGAAAGCCUGAAUCCAUUACGAAACCGCAUGUUUGUCCGACAUUGCCUGUAAUUCAGCGAUGGGGAAAUAGAGGGAAGCAGCUGCAGUGACCUCAUCAUCGCGGAAUGCUAUUCCACUACCAUUGGGUGGAGGACAAGGAAACUGUUCUCAAAAGUUACCAGCGUUCGUUACGUUUACUUGUUCUUGCCGGUGUAGGUGUGGACCUCAUGUUUGUCCGACAUUGCCUGUAAUUCAGCGAUGGGGAAAUAGAGGGCAGCAGCUGCAGUUUAAAUUAACCAUCCAGCAGUACAGAGUAAAGAUACGUCUCAGGCAGCGAUUAUAUAGAGUUCACGUUUUCACAUGUCACAUAUCAUGUAACUGUUUACCUUUCAUAGAAAACAUGAAGAACGAACAAGUCAUUUCCAAAGAGCGGCUACAUACGGUUCACGAUGUACUUUUCACCCUCACCUCGUGUUGUUCAAUCCUGACUCCUGACUUAGGCUCAUACUGCAGGCUGGUGCUGCCGUUAGGUUUUACUGUCCUUAACAUUUUCUUUGGGAAAGGGAGGUUUUGCAAAAUACGAAGUCCGAAUUUUUUCGACUUCGCAGAAAAUUACAAGGUUCAAUCCCUGACAAUCUACGAAAUUUGAAGUACAUAGUCUUUUCGUCGGACGUAGACACGUACCAACCUAAACUUCUUCAUUUUCACCUCGUUUGUUCAGUAGAACCUCUCUAUUAAGGACACCACACAACCUCUCUAACAAGGCGUCUCUGCUCUGCCCGAGAUGGUGGUUACACCGCCUUCACGGCUUCACCGCCUCUUUCUCCUCCGCAAUGGUGCUCACCACAACUGCUGCUCUCUUUACGAGGUCGGACCUGAUGACCGAGCACUUGAUAUUCUCGGUAAAUUCUCGGCUAAUCACGGUAAAUUCUGGAAAAUCUCCAUAUAAGUUCAAUUUGGCAAUAUUUGUUAAAAGAAGUUACAAGUUUUCGGGUCGGGUAUUGGUCUAUUGUAAAACUAUAAACAUGCACGCGGUUUUUUUUGUCAUGU